AUGAAAGGCCACCGGGAACCCAGUGAUGCUCAAACGCCAUUGAAUAGCAGAUUUCACUGUAAAACGAGCUUCUUAACUACGACGAUAUGGCUGGUUAUCUAUCUAUCUAUCUAUCUAUCUAUCUAUCUAUCUAUCUAUCUAUCAAUCAUUAUCUGCCCUAUAUAUUCUCAUAAUCUAUCUAUAUAUCUUCUCAUUAUCUAUCUAUCUAUCUAUCUAUCUAUCUAUCUAUCUAUCUAUCUAUCUAUCUGCUGCAUAUAUGCACCCAAUAUAAUAUAUAUUUUCUUCUUCUUCUUCUUCUUCUUCUUCUUCUUCUUCUUCUUCUUCUUCUGCUUUGUUUCAUUCGUUUCUCCCACUUUUCUUGAUAUAGCCAAUAUAGAAUUAUUUUUCUUCUUCCUUGACAUCCUUCUUCCUACUUUUCUUGACAUAGCCAAUAUAGCCUUGGGUUCUCUCUUUCUCUUUUUGUGUCUGUCUCUCUCGAGCUGCAUCUGUCGAACUGCGCAUCAAAACGUCACUUCUAAACUGAUAAAAGCCCAGGAAAAUGACUGGCGAACGUCAGCGCCUGUCAGGCCGGGCGUUGGCAACAGACGAACGACUAUUUUCAUGAUAUCUAUCUAUCUAUCUAUCUAUCUAUCUAUCUAUCUAUCUAUCUAUCUGUAUAUACGAAGAUGGCUUUACCUACUGGUUGUCUAUGUUCUCCACCUGGGACCUUGGCAUUAUUGCCGUGCUUGGGACGAAAUUAUUAAAACAAUCUAUCUAUCUAUCUAUCUAUCUAUCUAUCUACCUAUCUAUCUAUCUAUCUCUGAAGUGAACGGCGAUGUCUUGUCACGCGAACCAAAACCAAUAUUGAUCGUCUUGGCACUUCCCAGCAGACAUUCCAAACAGCGUCCGUACAAUUUCGGACUGGCUAGCCCCAUCCCUUGCUUCCAUAGUAACCGCCUGAAUCCUUUUGCUUUUCAACUUGCAAAGCUUUUCUUUUUUCUGUUUUUUUUCCUUUUCUCUCUUUUUUCUUUUUCUCUCUUUUUUCUUCUUUAUAUCACUUUCUUUUCUUUUUACGUGUGUCUUUCUUUCUUUCUUUCUUUCUUUCUUUCUUUCUUUCUUUUUUUUUUCUUUCUUCGGUGCCGGUGUCCUCCAUUACCUGAAUAUUCAAAUAAAAUUUUCAAUAUCCGCUAUCGAUUUAUCUAUGAAUCUACCCUGAUAUGUUCAUAUCUAUCUAUCUAUCUAUCUAUCUAUCUAUCUAUCUAUCUAUCUAUCUAUCUAUCAAACAAUUGUUCAAGAAAAAUAGAUUUCUCAAGCCCAGUAGCUGUUAUCGCUCUUUUCAAUAUUGACGUUGACAUCCUUCCUCACCUUUUGCUAUCUAACUAUUUAAAUCUAUCUAUCUAUCUAUCUAUCGAUCUAUCUAUCUAUCUAUCUACCUCUUUAAAAGAAAUCAUUCGCAAACUGCCAAUAUUGAUUCUGUUGUUUCCAAACUUUUCAUUAAUUUUAAUCCUUCAAGGAGUUUAUUCAUAUCGGAUUUAUUCAUAA